AUGGGCAAUAUCGGCAAUGAGAACGCGGUCAGGCAUGCUGACAGCACAAAUGAUAGGACAACCCCCGAGGGCGAGACACGGAUAUCGAGAGAUUUGUCUAGUUCGCCGCAUUUACAAAGCUACAUGGACGAACCAAACAUGAUACGGAAAACAGCGGGCAAGAUUCCACAUAUUGGCAUUGUUGGCGCCGGUGUUGCUGGGCUGAGAUGUGCGGAUAUCUUGUUGAAGCAAGGCGUCAAGGUGACUAUACUCGAGGGAAGAAAUAGAGUUGGUGGGCGGUUAUGUCAAAGCAAUGCGCUAGGUCACUUGGUCGAUCUUGGACCAAACUGGAUACAUGGCACAGACGACAAUCCCAUUCUUGAUCUUGCCAAGGAAACAAAGACUGUAACUAUGAACUGGGAUGGUCGACAGUCGGUUUUUGACAGUCUAGGAAAACACAUGCCUGACAAAGAAGGGGCAGAAAACAGUGAGCAUGUCUGGGGAAUCGUCGAGCGAGCAAUGGAGUUUUCGAAUCAAGAGUCUGCAACAAUACCAGCGGAGAUGAGUUUGUAUGAUUACUUCCAGGAGCAAGUGGUAAAAAUGUUCCCAGGCAACGAUGAAGAGCCAAAGAAGAAGCGGCGAGUUAUAUUAGAGAUGGCCGAAAUGUGGGGUGCCUUUGUCGGCUCACCAAUCCAAACACAAAGUCUCAAGUUCUUCUGGCUAGAAGAAUGCAUCGACGGCGAAAACCUCUUUGUAGCAUCAACAUACGCCAAAGUCCUAGACAAGAUUGCCGAGCCCGCACUCAAAGGCGCCACCAUGCUCUUCGAGCACAAAGUCAAAUCGAUCCUCUCCCAAGAAACCAACGGCGAGACAGCAGUCACCCUCGAACUCGAAGGCAAGCAAAGCCUAACCUUCGACCAAGUCGUCCUAACCACCCCCCUCGGGUGGCUAAAAAGAAACACAAAAGCCUUUACUCCCCCCUUACCACCCCGCUUUACCCUCGCAAUCCAAAACCUCGGAUACGGCCAUCUAGACAAAGUCUACAUUACCUUCCCCACCGCCUUCUGGAACACUUCCACUUCCUCUUCAUCCCCUCCCACCCCCAUCAACCCAUCAACCCCCUCAUCAGACUCCCCCAUAAGCCCAACCCACUACCCCGGCUUCACCCACUGGCUCGCCCCAACCUACACCCCGCUCACAAACCCAUCCGCUUGGAACCAAGAAGCCGUCAACCUCGCCGCCCUCCCCUCAGGCACCGCACACCCAACCUUACUCUUCUACAUCCACGGUCCAACAAGCAAACACAUUGCUAGCCUCCUCGCCUCAAACCCCCGGGAAAAACACGACGACAUUUUGACACACUUCUUCGCACCAUACUACUCCUUACUACCAAACUACGCGCCCGAUGCCCCAGAGUGCCAGCCCAGUGCUGUACUAGCUACGGCGUGGGCAAACGACGAGCUCGCGGGGUGGGGUUCGUAUUGUAAUUUCCAGACUGGAUUGCAGGCGGGAGACGAGGAUGUCGAGGUCUUGAGGCGCGGGAUGCCGGAGCGCGGAGUGUGGGUUGCCGGGGAGCAUUGUGCGCCGUUUGUGGCGUUGGGCACGGUGACGGGGGCGUAUUGGAGUGGGGAAGGGGUUGCGAGGAGGGUUGGUGAGGUGUGGGGGUUGGGUGGGAUGAGUAAGUAA